UCCUGUGGUAGCAGAUUUUCAAAAUGGCGGACAAAGAAGCCAAAAGAAGAAAGCGUUCACGUUCGUAUUCAAGCGACAAAGACAGCAAAAGAAAACCCAGAAGUUCUUCAAAGUCAUCUUCAAGAACCAAGCCAGAAGAAAAUCAAGAUCCUGCAGUAGAUCUGGGUUAUCUUCGUCAUCCAGGUCAAGUAGCAGUAGCAGUUCUAGUAGUGAUUCUGAAUAUSAAAGAAAAAAAGCCAAGAAAUCCAAACACAAGACAACCAAAAAGAAAAAGAAAAGAAAAAAGAUGAAGAAAAGAAAAAAAUCCACACAUGCUGUCAAUCAAAACAAAUAUGGAAAAUACGGCAUCCUCUCAGAGGCAGACCAAUUCACUAAACAGCCAGAGUUUUACUGCUGGCUUCAGGAAGCGAGGCAGCUCAACCCCGAGACCUUGCCGAGAUUGGAGACUAGAAAAAUGUUUGAAACCUUCAUGGAGGAUUACAAUACUGCGAAAGAAUACUUGAAAUGAAAAGAGCAAUUCAAGAGAGAACAGAACAGGAGUACAAGAAAAAUGUUGGCUUUGAACAAGCUGCAAGAAAGUAGCUUUACUGCAGUUUUCAAGGGUCAAAUGCCCCGUAUAUUAUUGUAGUAUUUAAACCUAUGACACAGGCUAGAAGCAGAAAAACAUGCAGCUUUUUCCAAGCAUUGAAUCCAGAAUACAACAACUGGACUGGAGGAAGGGUGGUUAUGGAUGGAUACCAGCAUUUAAUUUUUCGUAGUGCAAUGGCACUCGGUGUACACCAAAUUGUCAGAAGCACUUGUCAUUACACAGGGCCCUAACUAGGGGGGGAGCACAGGGUGCACGUGCAUCCCCACAUAAAAGCUUAAGGUCUGCUCAUCCAUCUCCUUUUUUUUUGUUUGCUUUCUUUUGGUUACCUUUUUUUAUUCUUAUUUUAUUCUUAUUUUUUUGGUUCUGUUUCUUUUGGUCACCUUUUUUAAAAAACCGAUCAAUGGUCCAAUUUUAUUCGAUGUGCACCCUCCCUGUAAAAGUUCUGGUUACAGCCCUGUUACAUUCAUAUGAUAGUGAAGAAAUCAUAAAGUACUGCAACAGAGAUAUUUACAGUGAGGAUAUUUAAGUCAAACACUUUGAAUGUUUUUCAGAUAAUUUCUAGAGAUUUCUAGUGUUUCCCACCAUGUGAUCAAAAUAAAUCUUAUCUCCUAUCGAUUGCCUCAUAGUUAUUAUCAGCGAAUGGUUAGGAAACUCUAUUGUUAUAGGUUAUUGUUCACUUUUUUCAAGUGUGACCGUGCAGAAUCCUUUGUUUUACCAUCGUUUUACCAUCGUUGGCAAUGGCUGAGUGA